AUUUAGUAAACUUGAAUGCUUCAGCAUAUUCAAUUGACUCAAUAGGUGCAGAAGUGAAAUCUGUAAAAUCUACAGAAGCAAUAAAUUCAGUAUAUUUAACUGAUAUAAAAGAGGUAGUAAGUUCAGUAAAUUUAACAAGCAUACUGUUAGAUUCUGUAGAUUUGAUAGAUUCAAUAAGUUUGGUUAAUUCAGUGGAUUUAGUAAAUGUAGGUUCAGCAGAUUUAGUAAAU